GAAACAUAUAUGAACUCAGUAGAACGUUUAAUUCAUUACAGUGAUAAAUUAGAAGUAGAAGCCGAGAAUAUAAUACCGGACAACAGAUCACCACCUGGAUGGCCAGCUCGUGGAGAAAUUCAUAUCAAAAAUUUAGAAAUGAAAUAUGGAACUGAUAGCCCUUUAGUUUUGAAAGGCAUCUCAGUUGAUAUUAUGGCUGGUGAAAAGAUUGGAAUUGUUGGUCGAACUGGAUGCGGAAAAUCAACAUUGGCAAUGUCAUUCUUUAGAAUUAUUGAACCAACUUCUGGUAGUAUUAUAAUUGACGAUGUUGAUAUCAGUACUAUUGGAUUAAGAGAUCUUAGAAGUAAUAUUACGAUCAUACCUCAGGAUCCAGUACUUUUUAAUGGUACUAUAAGUAACUUGGAUCCAUUCAACGAGCAUAGCGAUCUCGAGUUAUGGGACGUACUUCAUCGUGUACACUUAACUAAAAUUUCCAGCCUUACUACUAAAAAACAAUCGAAAGUUAUCCUUUCUAUUUCGGACCAAAAAAAUAACAAACAAGAACCAAUAAUGCUUGACUCGCCUGUCAAAGAAAACGGAUCAAAUUUUUCCCAAGGUCAACAACAACUGAUUGCAAUAGCCAGAGCAUUAAUUCGUCAUUCUAAGUUGAUAAUUAUGGAUGAAGCUACUGCGAGUAUAGAUUUCAAAACUGAUCAUUUAAUACAGGCUACAGUUAGAGAAGAGUUCAAGAAUAGUACUGUCAUCACUAUUGCACAUAGGUUGCGAACCGUCAUAGACUAUGAUCGAAUACUGGUUAUGGAAUAUGUUGUCGAAGAAUUGGCACAGUUACUAAAUACAAUUGAGUAG